ACUAUCGAGCCAGACCCCUAUUAUGAGGAGGAAAUAGUUGACAUCUACUCUGCUGAAGAGGGCGAAGAUCAGAGACAGCCCCAAAGCCCACAAAUCUAUGCCGAGGAGUCAGCAGAUCUGGCUAAUGAUGAUGCCAACACCGAUGUGGAAUAUACUACACAGAAGUUUAUUCAGCAGUUUCUUGCCGGUAUACAUGGUUGUAGUGCCCAAAGCCACCGAGAAUCUCUG